GACUGUCGCCGCCCCUGCGCCGGCCCUACCUGAUCGUGGGCCUCGAGGGCCAAGAGUUCCUGGCCGACGACCUCCAGAGCAGCCAGCCCGCGCGGUUCACCUUCGAGGUGUCGCGGCUGCAGAGCAACUUGCAGAUCUACUGCUACAGCGACGGCGCGACUGGUGGCACGGGGCCAGUGGGGCGCAUCCUGGUGCCGCUGUCGGAGGUCGUCUGGCCAGCUGGGAGCCCAGUGGGCGCGGCAGACUUCCAGCGGGGCAUGGACUCCAAGGCGACGUUCCAGCGGAGGCUCUGCGCGUGCUUGCUGCCCGUCUCCGAGCACGGCGACGGCUACGGCCUGGCAGGAUUCAGCGACCGUUUCGGGCCCGACGCCGCAGCCGGAGGCACACUCGGCAGCAUCACGCUGACGGUGGAGGUCACGCUGGCCCCCGAGGUCAGGUCCCUCGUCGGCCUCUGCGCCUCGUCGAUCACCGCGGGCGCCAGGGCCGUCGCCAAGGCCGGCGGCGACACCGACUUCAGGGAGGUCGCCCGCAAGGCCGAGGAGGGCAGCAGCCCGCCGUCCUUCCGGGAGGAGCUGACCAGCCUGCGCGGCUCGAUGUUGCGGCUGAGGCACUACUGCUCCAG